GUGCAAAGCGCUGUAUAAAUUAGAGGACGAUUUCACGAUCGCCAUCAGUCGCCGGCCAGAAAUAAGCUUCUUCCCGCCGCCUCACGAAAGCGGGAAUCAGAGCAGGCGAUAAGGAGGCAACCCACAGUUACUGCAGCUCGAAGCCUCCUUGCGGGCGUCAUUUUUGCAAGCGCUCCCCCACCCCUGGCAACGCCGGCCAACAGCUCUUCUAUGGGGCAACAACUGACGUUUCGGGAGCAAGCAGCAGUUCCGGACGUCGGGCGAGUGGCUGAGGGAGAGACGGAGUCCCUCAAAGCGGAGGGACGCGCGCUUCAGGCUACCUUUUUUAUGCGGAUGAAGGAAGGAGGCGGCAAGCGGGGCUGUGAGGAAACCGCAAUGUGAAAACGCCAGGGAGGAGCCCGUCUUCGCGCUCGCCCUCCCCUCAGCACGAGGCUGAACCGGUAUAGUUGCUGUGUUGUGGGGUGACUGAGGCUUCGCCUCGCAAGCGAAGAGGAGGAGGAGUGGGCAGCGGGCGGGAGUGGCGGCCCCGGUCGCCGGUCGGGUCUUCUCCCUUCAGGACGGAGGAUGGAAGACAAAAGACGAGCUGCUCGCUCUCCCGAGCCGAGGAGCAACCGGCUGACCAGUCGGGAAUGAGGGGAAGCAAAGGAUCUGCCUUGCAAAGGCUAUGCAGAGGAAGGGACAGUGUAUUGACAGGCGGACUUCCUUUGAUUUGAAUGAAACAUGUUUUGUCCAUCUGAGAUGCCUUAGAUGACGCCCAGUAAUACUGCAAUGGCAAUUGGGGCUCUUUCUAGUUCCCUCCUUGUGACAUGCUGCCUGAUGGUCGCUCUGUGUAAUUCUACUGCACCAUUACAAAAACUAUCCAAGGCUCAAGACAAGCAGGAGAUAAAAACAAGUGAGGAAAAAAAAGAUCAAUCAUCAGCCCGUGAGAGACAGAAUCAAACUGGACCAGGACUAGGGAAAGUGAAUGAAAUGACUAGGAAUGGAAGGGAAGAAGGCAUCAGGGACUGGAAAAACAAAGGCAACAGAAAUUAUUCUAAUAAAGAAUCUUGGACAAAGCAAAAACAGGCUUUGAGUAUUCAGGCAACAAGUAAUAAGUUUGGGAACCUCCAGGCUCAUAAUCAAAUCAAAGGUAUUCAAGAGGAACUUCCAGCUGCUGAAGAUUUCUCCCUCUUAGAUAUUAUUGCUGGUACCACAUCUGAACCUCCAGAGGAAUAUGCUUAUCCAGACUACCGUGGAAAAGGCUGUGUGGAUGAGAGUGGCUUUGUUUAUGCAAUUGGGGAGAAGUUUACUCCAGGACCUUCUGCAUGCCCUUGUCUUUGUACUGAAGAGGGCCCACUGUGCAUUCAGCCAGAGUGUCCUAGAGUCCAUCCUCGCUGUAUUCAUGUUGACACUACUCAGUGCUGUCCACAAUGCAAAGAACGGAAAAAUUAUUGUGAUUUCCGUGGGAAAAUCUACCAGACACUGGAAGAAUUUAUGGUUUCACCUUGUGAGAAGUGUCGCUGCGAAGCCAAUGGUGAAGUAGUGUGCACUGUGUCUGCUUGUCCUCAGACUGAUUGUGUGGACCCUGUAUAUGAACCAGAUCAGUGCUGCCCCAUCUGCAAAAAUG